CAAAACAACUCACGACUGGACGACCUCGCCGGAAAAGUAUCCGCCUUGCGCGGCGUCACCAUAGACAUCUACGACAAUGCCCGCGACCAGGGCGUCAUCGACUCUUCCGUACGCCGCUGUUCCCCUGAUCNNACAAAUGCAUUCUCCACCUUCUCAAACAGCCUGCAAGGCAGUGCUGGAAGAUUGACACGUAUGGCGCAACAAGGAAACAAGGUCGCCAUCCUCAAACUUGCUGGAAUCCUCGUCGCCAUUGUUCUCGUCCUCUAUUGGGUUGGCGGCUGGGUGUUUGGAGGUUCCAAGGCUGCU